AGAGACGGCCUUUCUCUUUCUUUCAUCCUUCCUUCCUUGUUUCUUUUCUUUUCUCCUCUCUCUACUCUUUUGUUCUUCCUAGAGAAAGAGAUUGAUAAGUAACACGCUUUUAAGCCCAAAAAAAGAAAAGCACGUUUACAAACAGCAUCAAAAAACGCAAGCAAAGGACAAACAAGAAAGAUUCACAGACCUGUCACCUGCUUCUGAGAUCUAAGUAUGGCUACCAUCACCUGCACCCGCUUCACUGAGGAAUACCAGCUCUUUGAAGAACUUGGCAAGGGAGCCUUUUCAGUGGUGCGCAGAUGUGUAAAGGUCCUCACAGGACAGGAGUAUGCUGCCAAGAUCAUCAACACCAAGAAACUCUCUGCCAGGGACCAUCAGAAGUUGGAUCGAGAGGCAAGGAUCUGUCGAUUACUGAAACACCCCAAUAUCGUGCGUCUCCAUGACAGCAUCUCAGAGGAGGGACAUCAUUACCUGAUAUUUGACCUGGUGACAGGUGGAGAGCUCUUUGAGGACAUCGUGGCUCGUGAGUACUACAGUGAAGCUGAUGCAAGUCAUUGUAUCCAGCAGAUCUUGGAGGCUGUGCUGCACUGCCAUCAGAUGGGAGUUGUUCACAGAGACCUCAAGCCGGAGAACCUUCUCCUGGCCUCCAAGUCCAAGGGGGCGGCAGUGAAGCUGGCUGACUUUGGCCUGGCCAUCGAGGUGGAAGGAGACCAGCAGGCGUGGUUUGGCUUUGCGGGUACGCCUGGAUACCUGUCUCCUGAGGUCCUGAGGAAAGAUCCUUAUGGCAAAGCUGUGGACCUCUGGGCGUGUGGUGUAAUACUCUACAUCCUCCUUGUGGGCUACCCGCCUUUCUGGGAUGAAGAUCAGCACCGCCUGUACCAGCAGAUCAAAGCCGGAGCCUAUGAUUUUCCAUCACCCGAAUGGGACACCGUAACCCCCGAGGCGAAGGAUCUUAUUAACAAGAUGUUAACCAUCAACCCCGCCAAGCGCAUCACUGCCUCCGAGGCCCUGAAACAUCCCUGGAUUUCGCAUCGCUCCACAGUGGCGUCGUGCAUGCACAGGCAGGAGACCGUGGAAUGCCUGAAGAAGUUCAAUGCUCGGCGGAAGCUGAAGGGGGCUAUUCUUACCACUAUGCUGGCUACCCGCAAUUUUUCAGGAGGCAAAACCGCCGGAAAGAAGACGGAUGGCGUGAAGAAAAGGAAGUCCAGUUCCAGUAUCCAGCUGAUGGAAUCAUCAGAAAGCACUAACACCACCAUUGAGGACGAAGACACUCGAGUGAGGAAGCAAGAGAUCAUCAAGGUGACUGAGCAGCUCAUUGAGGCCAUCAGCAAUGGAGACUUCGAGAGCUACACGAAGAUGUGUGACCCCAGUGUUACUGCGUUCGAGCCAGAGGCACUGGGGAACCUGGUGGAGGGCCUGGACUUCCAUCGCUUCUACUUCGAGAACUUGUGGUCCAAGAACAGCAAGCCCGUCCACACCACCAUCCUGAACCCCCACAUCCACCUGAUUGGGGAGGAGGCAGCUUGCAUCGCCUACAUCCGCAUCACCCAGUACAUCGACAACAACGGCAUGCCGCGCACCGCCCAGUCCGAGGAGACCCGAAUCUGGCACCGUCGGGACGGCAAGUGGCAGAUCGUCCACUUCCACCGCUCAGGUUCACCCUCUGCCAUCACCAAGUAAGCAGAAGAGCCUCUGUGUCAGUGAGCCUGAGUGAGGCCUGACUUUCAAGACGCUGCUGAUUUUGCUGGCUGUGUGUGUGGACCCGCGGAUGGAGAAUGGGAGAGAGAGAGGGAGAGAGAGAGAGGAGACCACCACACCGAGAUUCAAGCCUGACAUCCAACACCCCUCUCCCCCCCCUCUUCCACUCCUUCCCACCCUUCAUCCCCAUCCACUCCACGUCCCCUUCCCACCCUAAAACCCUAUCCACCUACAAACACCACAUCUCUCCUGUCUGAUCUGAUGUCGUCUGACGUUUGCUCUUGUCACAUGUGGUACCACUUCCAGUUGUGCUCGCACACCACACCCUCAUCUGUCUUCAUUAGGCUGCCUUGGUUAGAUGAUGUCUGAUUUUAUCUACAUUUGCUUUUUAUUAAGGUAAAAAUUAUUAGCUAAAAUAUUUUGAUUUGUUCAUGACAACCUCUGAUUUUAACAGCGGGGUUAACAGCUGUGCGCUUUCAGAUAGCCGGAUUUACUGAGCUGUCUGGAUGCAGAAACCUGGAGCAGACAUUUAUUAUUACCGAAAGCAAAUAACACCUCAUUUAAAGAAAGUGACUUUACAUGAUUUUACCAAUAGUAUUUCUGCUAGUUCACAUAAGCUCUAUAGACUAGAUUUAAUAUCAAUAAGCUUUUUUCCCGCGCACGGUUUAAUAGACUUUAUAAAUAAUAAAGACAAAUUCGACAAGAAAUUAAAUGAAUGUAUUUUAUACAAUUUUACUAUGAAGUGGUUUUGUAAUAUAACAACCCCUUGGUGUUAUCCUCCAAUUAUCUCUUCUGUAUUUUAUGGAGAGAACUUCCAACAGCAUGGGACUUAACCCCAUGUGCAUGUACAAAAGCAACAAAAUCAACAACAUCAAUCCUUGGUCAUUUUCCUGAAACUUUGCACCCAAGGACUACCAAAGUAUCUCAGUAACACUGGAGUGCUGUUGGUUUACUGUACCUCACCCUGUAACCUUCUAACCUUUUUAGGAUCCUUCAAAAGUUGUGAUUGUGUAUGACGUAAUUGUGGGUCAAAGUCGUGGCACUUUGCUUUAGAUCUUCCAGCUAACCCAGUUAGUUUGUGAGCUGUUUCAUGCAGGAAACAGUGCUGAAGAAGAGAGACAGAAAGAGAGAUAGAGAGUGCAGAGAGAGAUAGAGAGAUAUAAUGUAUACUAUACACGUGGAAAUAAAAAUAUAUAUAGAAAGAGAGACUAGAGAGAGUUAAAGAGUUGAAAGCCUUUUAGAGUUAAAAAGAAAAAAAUAACUUGGCCCACAUUGAACUUUCUGACUUCAACGCUGCUUCUGGGAUUCCUGCAAUAAAGUAGUGCUUUCAUUCAGAGGACGUUUCAGUUGAUUCUACUGUAGUAGUUUGAAAUGUAGACUCUCUUAAAACAUUAACACUGCCCACUCAUGCAACCCUUUUUCAUAAUCUUGGUUCUACGUAUGUUUCCAUGCUCUAUCCAUUUGUUGACAUAUUGUGGUUGAUGUCCCAGAGUGCAGUUGCAUGAAUGUGAAUCAUGCUGGUGAGACAUCUAAGGUUUCCCUGUCAGGUUGUGGAUAAAAGAUGAUGUGGAGGUUCACCAAGACCUGAGGAUUUUUUUUUCUUUGAAUUUAAGACAAAAUUAAGAAAACAGGUUAAUUUUCGUGUAUUUUGUAGUUCACUCUUAGGUUGUAUGUUGAGUUGUAGUAUUUAUUAUUGUCCCCUCUCUAAAGACAAAUGCUUGAUUGAUAUUUUGAAAACCUUGUGGAAAAUUACUGGGCACACACAUAUACAUACUUGAUACAUUUCAUGCAGUAUUUUUUUUAGAAAUGAAUGUCUUAGCUAAUCGUUAAAAGCGACUGCAGUCAAUGUUGCGGGAAAAAAAGAACAUGACGCAAAAAAACUAUUUAGAAACAUGGUAUCAUUGACUCAGAGACUUGAAAUAAAGAUCCAUUUGUUUUUGUUUUUUCUUUACAUGGUGAACAUAGCUUCUGCCUCUUGUCCUAUAGGAGCUUCCAGCAAACAGCCUUUGUGGUAUCCUCUCUUUUUGUAUGUCUUGCAAAGUUGGAAACACUAGGUACCUGUAGAUAUAUUUGUACCGUCUAUACUUCAAGAACAUGGUACAUACAAUCCACAUUUUGAUAUUUUACUCAAAUAAGUACUGUAUUUUUGUUUCUUGUUGAGGCAUGCAAUUUGUAUGUAAUGAAGUUGAUCUUGUAGUGUAGGCUAAAAAUGUAUGUGUGUGCGUGUGUGUGUGUGCAUGUGUGUCUGUGUGGGUGUGUGGUUUUCUUUUCAAGAGCUACAACUCCAACUCUUUUUUUGGAGCAAGGGUUUGUAGAUAAAACACAGCCUAAUGUAUUAUAUAGGCAUCUUUCAUGCAGAUAUUGUGAUGAAUUUUGUGAUAAAUCUAUGGGCUGAAAAAUAUGUUUUUCCGUGUAAUUUAUUUGAUUCUUUCAUUUAAACAUAAAGCAAGAGUAGGAGAAAAUAAUAGUGCCACUGGGGCCGGUUUGUUUGUAGGAUUUAAUGACAAAAAACCUCUGUUAGCUUUAGAGUUCAGUGGUAGUACAAAGGCACUGGAUGGAAACGUGACAUACACUGACAUACACAACACAGACGUACAGGUAUACCAGAGAGAGUAGAGAGAGAGAGGUUCCAUUGGCCCAUUGUUUCCGGGUUCUUUU